AUGUCGACCAUUUUCGCCUCCCAAGUCUUCACCCCAAUCUCCGGCCAGCCAAGAGCCGCCACCUUCCACCCUGUCACCACCGCAAAACUCAACAACUCAGCCCAAACUCCGCCAAGCCUUAUCCGCAAGGAGCCCGUCUUUGCGGCUCCAGCGCCCAUUAUCCACCCACUUUUGAAAGAAGACAUGGGAAAGGACGCGUAUGAAGAAGCCAUCGCUGCGCUCCAAAAGCUUCUAAGUGAGAAGGAAGACCUCGGACCGGUGACCACCGCCAAAAUCGGCGAAAUCAAAGCUCAGCUGCAAACAGCCAACGGCAGCGGCGCCCCCACCGCCACCACCGCCUCCGAGUCCGUCGAGAGGUUGAAAACCGGUUUCAUCCGCUUCAAAAGAGAGAAAUAUGAGAAAAAUCCAGCUUUGUACGCCGAACUUGCGCGAGGCCAGAGUCCCAAGUAUAUGGUGUUUGCGUGCUCGGACUCGCGCGUGUGCCCUUCACACGUGCUGGACUUCCAACCGGGAGAGGCUUUCGUGGUCCGCAACAUUGCUAACAUGGUCCCUGCAUAUGAUAAGACCAAACACUGUGGAGAUGGGGCUGCCAUUGAGUAUGCAGUUCUGCACCUCAAGGUGCAAGAAAUUGUGGUGAUUGGGCACAGUGCUUGUGGAGGAAUAAAGGGUCUCAUGUCCUUCCAAUUAGAUGGCUCUUCAUCCACGGAAUUUAUCGAGGACUGGGUGAAAAUCUGUUUACCGGCCAAGUCCAAAGUGUUGACCGACCACAAGUUCACACCUUUCGGUGACCAGUGCGCAAAGUGUGAAAAGGAGGCUGUGAAUGUCUCGCUAGGAAACCUGCUUUCUUACCCGUUUGUUCGACAAGGUUUGGUGAACAAAACACUUGCGCUAAAGGGCGGUUACUAUGACUUUGUCAAUGGGAGUUUUGAGCUGUGGGGACUCGACUUCGGUCUUUCGCCAUCUCUCUCUGUAAAAGAUGUUGCCACUAUACUGCACUGGAAGCUCAUGUAG